AUGGCCGUCGAUCUAAUGCGUUUCCCUAAGAUGGACGAUCAAAAGGCUAUCCAGGAGGCUGCAUCGCAAGGUUUACAGAGCAUGGACCAUCUCAUUCGUGUCCUCUCUAACCGACCCGAACAACACAACAACGUUGACUGUUCUGAGAUCACCGAUUAUACCGUUUCCAAAUUCAAAACCGUCAUUUCUCUACUUAACCGUACCGGUCACGCCCGGUUCAGACGCGGACCAGUCCACUCCACUUCCUCCGUCGCACUCGCAUCUCCUCCAGUGUUAUCUCAGAAACAACAGAGUCAGAUCGUAAAAAUCGCUCAGUCGGAAGCUCCGAUUGUUUCUCAGCCGAUAAGAACAACGGCGAAUAUCGUUCCACCACCUGUGAAUCCGUCGAGCUUCGUUCAUACGAAUCAGCCGAGCGUAACACUCGAUUUCACUAAACCAAGCGUCUUCGGAUCCAAAUCAAAGAGCUCUGAGCUGGAAUUCGCCAAGGAAAACUUCAGCGUUUCGUUAAACUCUUCAUACAUGUCCUCGGCGAUAACCGGCGACGGCAGCGUCUCCAAGGGAUCCUCAAUCUUCCUCGCGUCGGCUCCGUCGCAGCCUGUAACUUCCUCCGGAAAGCCACCUUUGGCCGGCCAUCCUUAUAGAAAGAGAUGUCUGGAGCACGAACACUCCGAGAGUUUCUCCGGGAAGGUCUCCGGCUCCGGUCACGGCAAAUGCCAUUGCAAAAAAAGAAAGAAUCGGAUGAAGAGAACCGUGAGGGUACCGGCGAUAAGUUCAAAGAUCGCCGAUAUUCCACCGGACGAGUUCUCGUGGAGGAAGUACGGACAAAAACCGAUCAAAGGCUCACCACACCCACGUGGUUACUACAAGUGCAGUACGCUUAGAGGGUGUCCGGCGAGGAAACACGUGGAACGAGCACUGGAUGAUCCAGCGAUGCUUAUCGUGACGUACGAAGGAGAGCACCGUCACAACCAAUCCGCGAUGCAGGAUAACAUUUCUUCUCAAGGCGUUCAUGAUUUGGUGUUUGCCUCGGCAUGA